AUGUAAUUGGAUGAGAGCAAUAAAACAAAGAAAAAUGAUUAGUUUAUCCUUAAAGAAACCUCCAAAAACAGGAAUGUAAUAAGCAAUAAUUAUCAUGCAAGAUAGUUUCUAAAUUAUAAGGAAAUCCUGCAAGAUUGUAGGGAUUGAAAGACAGUUUUAAAUACUUUACAUUAUUAAAAAAGAAUCAAUAUUUGGAAAGAAAGCAAUAUAGAGUUAGUCGAGACGAGACUUUAGUUUGUUCUUGUAUAAUGUGUCCAGAAGAUUAAAUAUAAAAGUACAUAAAAUAAUAAAAAAUAGUCGUCCAUAAGGUCCAUAAUUAUCAUAUAAUUGUGGUGAAAGAUGCUUGAAUCGUUUUACGUGCACAGAAUGUGAUGUAGAGUUAUGUCCAUGUGCAGAACAAUGCAAAAAUCGUAGAUUUUAGAAACAUGAUGAUGCAUGUGUUUAUCCAUUGCGUUGUGGAGGGAAAGGAAUGGGGUUAUUUGCUGGUGAACGUAUUUAGAAAGGACAAUUCAUAAUGUAAUAUGUUGGAGAGAUAUUUCAAAUAAAUAGUGCAUUUGGAAGAAGAAGAGUGCAAGAAUAUUCGGUUUGAUUUGUGUGUUUAUUUUAGAAAUCAACAUGCACAUAUUUGAUGAAACUAAACAAUUAAGAAGUAAUCGAUCCAACAUCAAAAGGAAAUCUAGCGAGGUUCAUAAAUCAUUCUUGUGAGCCAAAUUGCAUAACUGAGAAAUGGAAUGUUUUAGGUGAAGUAUGCAUUGGUAUAUUUGCUAUACGAGAUAUAAAUGAAGAUGAAGAAUUAACAUUUGAUUAUUAAUUUGAUGUAUUUCACACCCCAUUAACUAAAUGUUUGUGUGGUGCAAAUAAGUGUAAAGGAUAUUUAGGAUUGAAACCAACUGAUGUAACUUAAGAGGAAUGGGAAGAACAUUUAGAAAAUAUGGUAUGUAAAAUAUGUUAAACUAAAACACCAUAAGAUGAUGAAUAAUUAUUAUUAUGUGACAAAUGUAAUUGUGGAUUUCAUUUAUUAUGUCUUAUUCCUCCUUUAUCAUCAGUACCUAAAGAUGCAUGGUAUUGUUAAGAAUGUUAAGAUGAAAAAAGAAUAUUAGAUGAAUCCGAAAAAGAGAAACAAAAAAUUGAAGGCUUGUUAUUAUAGAAAGCUAAAUAAUUAAAUAAUGAAAAAAAAAGUAAGAAAAAGAUUGAUGCAUCAUCUUCAUCCUCUAGUGAUUCUGAUGGUGAAUAUGAUAAUCGUUUUAAAAUAUUUAAAUAUUUAGAAAAGUAAUCUCUCAGAGAAUAGUUAUAACAAUAAAAACAAAAUCAAUACUAAUAAAUUAAUAAAUUAGAAGAAGAUAUUCAUUUAAAUAAAAAAGAUGAAUUAGAUAAUAAUAAUAUUUCAGAUCUACCUAUACCUACUAAAAAUAUCAAAUCUACUGGUACUUCAUUAAACAAUUUAGAUCAAUUGGUUAAAUCUUCUAUUGAUUUAUAACCUCAAAACAAUGGUAAACUAUAAUAGAUGCAAUCUAUUGUUGAUGUUGCAUAGAAAAAAUUUGAAGAAUAAUAUAAUGAUGAUUAAGAAUUGCAAACAUAAAUUGAAUAAAUACAAAUAUUAAAUAUUCAAAAUAUUGAUACUAAAAAAGAAUGCUUUAAAAUCAAUAUUCUUGAAUAAAAAUUAGUCAAGAGAAAUGCUCAUUUAAUUUAUAAAAUUGGUAAUAAAACUAGUUUUGAAUAAAUUGAUUAAUAAUAUGCUGAUUUUUUUAAAAAAGAAAAUAAUUUGACAGUUAUUGGAUCUGUAUAAUAAAUUAACAUUUUCAGAACCAUUCUAACAAUGAUUGAAUAAAUUAUUAAAGAACUUAAAAAAGAAUUAGGAAUAAUAGAAGGAUAAAUAAAAGUACCAAUUAUUUAUUUAAAAAGAUUGAUUAUGAAAUUGUAAUUAUUUAAUAAUAUUUCAAAAUAGUAACAGUUUAGAUAAAAAGUAAGAGGUAAACAUUAUUUACAAUAAAUCUUUGGCUCAUAGUGAAGAGAUUUUUCCAAUGGAUAGAGCUACACCUAUAAAAAUUAAAGGGUCUAAAUAAAAUAUAGAAUUAACUGUCUAAGAAAUAACAAAAAUUUUAAAAACAUUAUGUGUUUAAAGAUUGUAUAUAAGCAGAAGUGAAACGAAAACUGUCUAAUAAAACAUGUACCAUUUAAAGUAACAUGCGGAAAUCAGAAUUUCUAGAGAUUCUGUUUAUAAUGCUAAAGGAGAAUAAACUUAAAGGGAUAUUAAUCAUCCAUUUUUUUAUAUUUAAUAUAGAGAAAAGGAAGUUUGCUUGAUUGGAACAUUUUAAUAAAUCUAAGAUACUAGUAAUGCAAUAAAAGCUCUUUUAGAAUAAGAAACUAAUAAUGAUAAGGAAAUGACUUAUUUCACUGUUCUAAUUUCUCCACAAUAUAAAGAACAAUGCAAAUAAGUUAAAUAAAGAAUUGAAAAAGAUUCAUCUUCUACAAAAGUAUUAUUAUUUGAGGCUUCACAUCCUAGAAAAAAUAUGACUAUUUUAAUAUUAUGUUUAAGAAGUCAAAUUAAAUAAACGAAACAAAUGUUUUUUGAUAUGAUAUAAGAGGAUUGUCAAUUAAAAUUAGAAUAAUUUUAAGACUAAAUGUCAAUGUAAAUGUGUAGAUAUGUAUUUAAAUAUCUUUAAAAUACAAUGAUGACUAAUGAUAUGGCAUUUAUGAAAAAUUGGGAUCUCAUUACUCCAUAUUUUUAUUAAUUUAAUAUAUUAAAGUAUCGUGAAUAAAAAUUUGAUAAUUGGUUUGUAAAACGCUGUUAUCCAUCAUUAUUAAGAGAUUAUGAAACACAAUUAUAUAUAUAAUAUUGUUUAGGAAAGGAAAUAUAAAAGAAUUUAAGUGAAUAAGAAUAAAUGUUGAGAAAAAAGAAUUUAAUAUUGUUAACCAAAAAGAUAUUAAAUGCAAUUUUGGGAUUUAAAAGACAUUAACCUGAUUAAACACAAAUAGAUGGAAAUUAUUAAUAGGAUUCUUUAAAAAGAUAUAACAGUGUUUAAGAAGAUGACACUCCUAAAUUAUAAAAUUUACCAUUGAUUUAAUUGAUUCCUCAACCUUCUUAAUUAAGUAGAAGAAGUGAUAGAUAAAAAAAUAGCAGUGAUAACAGUUCUUCUGAUUCUAGUAAUAACUAGCAUCAAAAAAGAUAGAAUAGUUCAGAAUCAGAGAAAAGCCGAGAUUUAUCAACUAAAUAAAGACAUAAAUAUCAUCAUCAUAAAUAUAAUUAUACUUAAAGAAGUCCUGUUGAUAGGUAUGAUAAAAAUAAAUAUGAAAAAUAUCAUAAUUAUGAUAAAUCAAAAUAAAAACAAAAAUAUUAGAGUUAUAAAUAUGAAAGACCUAGAACUAAUAGAAGAUAUUAUGAAGAUAAUGAUUAUUCUAAAAAUAGAGGAUCUUAUAAAAGAAGUAAAAUUAUGAAAUAAUAUUAGGAUCCAGCAGUGAUAGUUCAUAAAAAUCUUAAGAUUACAGAAGAAAAAGAUAGGAAUCUGUAGAUUCUGAUAAAUAUAAAAAUAAUAAGUAUAAUAGUGGAUUUUAAUUUGAAAGAAGGCAUCCUAAAUCAUAUAAAUAUGAUUACGAAAGUAGUUUUCAAUUUUAUAUAUUAGAAUCUACUAAAAUGUAAGAUAGUAAAGAAAGAUCUCGAUCUAGACAAAGAAAUAAAUCAGAUAGUAGCGAUUAAUAUAGAAGAAGAUCUAAAUCAACUCAUAAAUCCAAAAAAUACUAUAGGAAGUAUUAGUGA